CGCCCCUGCUGGAGCCGGAACCAUCGAAGGCACUGGAACCAGAGGUCGAACUGAGUGGAGGAUGGUGAGCGCGGCACCCGGCACGCGGGCGCGGAGAAGCAGCGGGAGGAACCGUCCAAGCCCAGUCCGGACAUGCUAGCCACUGCAGAGUCCAGCUCCAGUGAGCCCAACAAGGAGGUGGUGUCUCCAGAUGUGGCAACUACAGCCACUUUCUCUUCUGUUGGGGAGCCAUGCCCUAACCCGACAGCCAUACCACCAGUGUGGGACCGUGGAGGACCUCUGCAGCAGGUUGCUUCCCCAGGCAUAGACAGCUGCCAGCCUGGCUCAACCAGCACAGGUGUGGGGACCAAUGAGGACCUGAGGUUGCCCAGACGACGUCCUCCACCAGGGAAACAGAUACCCUGCUCUAGCCCUGGCUGCUGCCUCAGUUUCCCCAGCAUUCGUGAUCUGGCACAGCAUCUCCGCACCCACUGCCCACCCACACAGUCACUGGAAGGCAAACUCUUCCGAUGCUCAGCCCUGAGCUGCACUGAGAGUUUCCCCAGCAUGCAGGAGCUGGUAGCCCAUGGCAAGCUGCAUUACAAGCCCAACCGCUACUUCAAGUGUGAGAAUUGCCUCCUGCGCUUCCGCACUCACCGAUCACUCUUCAAGCAUCUGCAUGUUUGUGCAGAGCAUGCUCAGAGCCCAGCCCCGCCACCACCCCCUGCCCUGGACAAAGAGCCACCUGUGCCCGAGCGCCCCCCAGAAUCCGACCCUUCAUCUACUCUGAGCCUGCCAUUCCCACUACUUGAGCCUUUCACCUCUGCCCCCACUGGGCCAUUCCUUCCCUACUUGAACCCUGCGCCCUUUGGCCUGAGUCCCCCGAGACUACACCCAUUCCUGGCUGCUGCUCCAGGACCACCAGCCUCCAGCACUGCCAUCUGGAAAAAGAGUCAAGGUGCUGCUGGAAGUCCCAGAAGACCUCAGGGCGGCUCCGAUGCGCCCUCAGGGUACGUGGCCCCCAGCCGCAUCGUGUGGGAACACACGCGUGGCCGCUACUCAUGCAUGCAGUGCGACUUCUCCACGGCCUCACGGCCGGCCAUAACACUACACCUCCAGGACCACCGCCCCAGCACCCCCACAGCCCUGGUGCCUGGGUCCCUUCGUGCCGAAACCCAGGCGAGUAAGGCUGAGGAAUGCUCAGGCAUGGAGCUAGAGGCAAGGGGUGAGGCCCAAGCUCAGCUGCCCACUCCUCAACUCCACAAAAAGCCAACUUUGUUUGCUCCCGGGAUGUCACAACUGUCAGAGGGGGAGCAUCCCAUUUUCUCACAGCUUUGAACCAGCUGUGUUGGGCUGGGUGGAAGGGCCUCCAGAGAUUUUUGUAAUUUGAGGAGGGAGGGGACAAUAAA